AUCCAGCGUCCAAUGAUGACACCCGCAGCAGCACGAAAUAUGUAUUUUACUCCACAUUUGACAUUGAAGUUGAUUCCACACGUUUAAUACCAUUUGCCGGUGGCUAUGGAAGGAAGGUGUGUGGUUGAGACGCUGACAGAGUUUGGCUUUUCGUCGGAGUCAUGCAGCCUGAGAGUGGGAGCCGAUGUGUUCCUCUCCACUGGAAGCGACGAGGUUUAUGUCUUCAGCGACCAAAACAGAGAGUUAAAGGCCAUCAUCCUCUUUCCUGGUCCUGUGAGGGACCUGGUCAUGAAUGAAGACAAGCAGACCCUCUAUGUGGCCUGCUGCAGUGGUGUUUACUGCAUCGGUUUGUCAUCUUUGCCGCCCAGGGUUCAAAGCUCCAGAGCGUCCUCUAUUGUGCCUCAUAUGAAAAUAUCUGGCGAGCAUCUGGUUAUCAGAGAAGAGGGAGUAUUAGCCCUACUCUUGGUCAACUCUGUGCUCCUGAACCUUAGGCUGACAAAGACAUCCUGGCUGUUGACACGCUACAAAAUAGCCGAAGAGUCAAUAUUGGGCAGCUAUGAAAGACUUGGCUCAUGUAAAGCGCCAGUGGUGUCAGACUCAGGGCAUCAUAUCACAGAUGAGCGGAGCGAGAGGAGGCCAGUGCUGUUUUGUGUCCACUCUGCAGCUGCACCGUCCUCAUCAAGCUUACCAAGUGGUCACGUCUGCCUUGAGCCGGUCCUCUUUAAAGUCCUAUUCGGGAUUGACGCAGCCUUAGCCAAAUCACCGGUUAUCUUUUGCGGUCUGCCGGACGGCCGUCUGUGUUUCGCCGCUCAACGUCUACCGGGAUCACAGCUCAGAGUCCUUCACAGCCUCGAGCAACCUGUUGUGUUUGUCGGUGCCUCUGCUGGGACUCGAACAGAUCCUGCGGAAUGUUUGGUUGCGCUGGGCGAACAAGGUAAAGUUGUGCUGGUCACAUCCAAGCGAGCAGGACCGGAAGGAGGAGGCAUCACAGCUGCUUUUACCGAGGUGUGUGUGCCCGGACCUGUGGUGUGUGCCUGUCUCGAUAAACGUUGCCUGUACUACAGCACUGGUUCGGACCUGCUGGUACUGGAUCUGUCACAGGCCUCCGCCGGAGGAUCCGAGGCGGCAAAGGGGCAGGCAGGGUCUCAGAAAAGUGCUGCUGCGCCUCAGAAUGUCAUCAGUUUAAAUGUGUGUAGAGUCAUUGCCUUGACAAAACAUGCAUGGAACACCGACGGUAGCGUUCAGCUGCUGGGACUGUCCUGCAGGGGGCAGCUCCAGAGGAUUAGUUUGCCUGUUGGGUUGCAAGAUGGCGGUUCGUCUCAGCCUCCUUCUUCACAUGUUGGUCGCAGCAUCAGAGAUGUCCUGUCAGCUAUUGGAGACGUUUAUGAAAGAUCAUCAGUGCUGGAAGCGUCAAUCAAAUCCAGAAACCAAACACUUAAACACUUGAAUCAGGUGCUCAACAUCAGCUUCUUAUUGAACACCGAAGCAGACGGCAGGACGCUCGCGCCCGUUCAGGAGAAACCAAUUCGUUGUCACGCCACUGCCAGCUGGAGCACAUUGCUUCAGAAAGACUCUUUGAACUUGAAAUGCGUUCUGGAUAAUGGAAGUUCUUAUGUUCUGGAGCGAGGAUGGACACUAAACAUCACAGCGUUCCCUAUGUGCGACUCCCCCGAGGGGGAAAGCUGCUCCAAACAUUAUUCAUUCCCAUUCCAUAAUCUUCACCCAGGGGAGAAACUGGAGAUUUUCGUGCCACUGGCUACAGCAGGAGACUUGUCGGUCCCUUGUAGUGUUUCCUGCUCUCUCACGUUCUCAUUUUCAGGUCUCCUCGGAGAGGAGGCAGUGACAGAACUGCCACAGGGUGGUCUUGUCAGUUUGCCGUUGAACACACUGAUGGUGGAUUGGUUACACGUUCUGCGGGUGCUCAGUCCAGCAGACGCUAAGAGAAACGCCACAUCUCAACCUUACGACGUCACCGUGGCGGACACCAUCCGAGCUUUUUUGAAAUCAGGCUGCGGCGUAGAAAGGGACGCAGGGAACGAGCAGCAUUCUGCAACCAUUAAGGUGUCAUCUCAGUUACUGAGGGACAUGUUGAAACCUUCAGAGGGAAGCCCUGAGGAAUCCGAAGCGAUGUCUCCUAAUGUGUGCAUCUCACUGCUGGACUGGCUCCUCUGUGAAGGCCACGGAGGGGUGAAGAUGCAAGGAGACAAGAUGGCGCUCACCAGCCCAGUGGUCCAUGCUCGAGCUCCCAACGGGCACAUGAUAAAGCUCACGGCAAAAGAGGUUAACCGAGCACAGGACCGUGCUGUGGAGCAGGAGGAGCCCCUGGCCAUCGUGGAAGUUCAGAUUGAGAGCUCCUCAUUGGCAGAUGUUUGUGGAACGCAUCAUGCAGUCCUGCGGAGAGUACAGAAUUUAUUGCAGAAGGCACCUGACAAGCCUUCUUCCACAAUCAAGAUGCAGAGUUUAUGUGUGAGAGAGGCUCUACAGCGUGCAGAGAAACUGUUACGGCAGCUCCGGCAAAGUCGAAUCUCCUGCACCUUUGGUGAGGGUGUGUCCAUGGGCAAGGUGACAUCAUGUCUUCUCAAUGUGUAUGAAGAACUCAGAGGAAAUGAAAAUUCUCUGCUUAUUAUUUAACAUCUGUCCCAGCAGAGCCGACGCACUGUGCCUUUUAUAUAUAUAUACACACACACACACACACACACACACACACACACACACACACACACACACACACACACACACACGCACACGCAGAUGAGUGUGGGAAGAAUUUGUGGCUUGACUUAUUAUAUUACAGCUUAUCUGUAAGUAAGCAAUUAUUUGGUUCUGGACUUGUGACCUUACAA